CAAUAAGAUUUGUCAGUCGAUAUAGAUGCUGACAGACACAGAAGUCUCCACGCGCACCACAUAGGGCAAAGAUGCCACCACACCUUGUACAGAGUACAACCCUUUAUCGUAUCCUGUAGUCCCACAGUAAGGUAGUAUGAAAAUGAGAUUUUCUGAUGUUCCGACAUUGAAGCAAAUGACUAAGAUGUUUAAGUGGUUACAACCAGGAGGAAGACAUAAACCAGAAGAAUGUCUGUCCAGACACAAAGUAGCGGUGCUGAUUCCCUAUAGAAAUAGACAGGAGCAUCUUAAUAUCCUGUUGUAUGUUUUACACCCGAUGCUGAAACAUCAACUCUUGGACUAUGGCAUUUUUGUCAUUGAACAGAGCAAUGGUACAUUGUUCAAUCGGGGGUUGCUCUUCAACAUAGGAUACGUGGAGGCAUUAAAAGUUGAUAACUAUUCCUGUUUUGUUUUUCAUGAUGUUGAUCUUGUACCUGAAAACGAUAAAAUCUUGUAUGGAUGUAUAGACAGUCCAAUUCAUCUGUCUGCAGCAAUUGAUAUAUUUAAUUACAGAUUACUAUAUGAUGAGCUCUUUGGAGGCGUUUCUGCAAUGCUUCGAACGCAUUUUGAAGCGGUUAAUGGUUUUUCAAAUUUGUAUCCUGGAUGGGGUGGAGAAGAUGACGACAUAUAUCACAGAAUGGUGAGGAAAACGUUGAGACUGAAAAGGUUUCCCAUGGAUAUCUCCAGAUAUACCAUGAUGAAGCAUGUCAGAAAUGUUGCAAAUCCAGAGAGGUUUGAGCUCCUGAAGAAAGCUUUAAUCAGGAUGGACGUAGAUGGAAUAAAUUCAUCAAAUGCUUAUUAUGAAAAAUCUAACUUUUAUGAAAUGCCCUUGUAUACUAAAAUCGUUGUUGAUGUACAUCAGUGAAUACUAAUAGUUCUAAAUACUUUCAAUUCUGUAAUUUACGUACAUACAUGUUGAUGAUAAUCCGCCCACAUGCAAUGAUUAAAAUCUUAUUUGAAUUU